GGCAGAAGAUCCGAGAUCCGACCUGAAGGACCAAAAACCCUUGGUCCAGCCUGAAACGCCCGACGCGUCGUCUAAAUGUGAACCUAACGCGUGUAUAUUCUACCCACCGAUGAUAAAAUCCAAGCAUCGGCAAAACAACCGAUCUACAGCCACAGUCCGGUCCGUGGUUCCAUGCGAUACAGCACGCUCGCGAAGAUGGCUUCAGCUCUGCUCCUCGCGAUGCUCAAUGUCUCGAUCAUCGGGUGUCCCAUGUCCAUGGACAUCAGACCCUGCACCUGCAGGAUGGACAUUAACCAAGUGAAGGACGUGCAGUGUUCGGGGAUGAGUUCCCACGUGGAGGUGAAUGGCGCCCUUCAGGGACAUUUCGGGCCCCACGAGAGGGUCUCCCUGAAGGUGGUCGGGUCCAACCUGCAGGAUAUGCCGCCUGGUUAUUUCAAGAGGCUGAACAUGACCAUCGUUAACUUGAACCUGAACCACGACAACUUAGAAAGAGUAGAUGCAGGCGUAUUCGAAGGUUUACAUGGUGUGAAAUACUUCAGUUUGGCAGAUAACUACAUUGACGAGGUACCGGAACAUCUUUGGCCACAUCUUCCGAUGGUCAAAACUCUGGAUUUCGGACGAACCAAGAUCAGAGAACUGAGGGAGUCCAAUUUCAAGGCCCUUCCACAUCUGGAAGCCCUCAUCGUGCCAGGUUGCCAGAUGACGAACAUAGAGAAAAACGCCAUUCCGCCCGAAGUAAAGCGGUUGCAUCUGGGACGGAACUCUUUGACCACCCUGAACGGAACCUUGAGGAAUCUCUCUGACCUAAAUUGGCUGUUCAUCAACGAGAACGACUUGACAGACCUUGAGGACGAGCUGCCCGAAGGGGCCCAGAGGCUCAAGAUGAUCCUGGCUUCGAACAACAGGAUAGAGAAACUGCCGAAGACCCUGAUGACUUUGCCCAAUCUUCAGACCAUGUUUCUCCAGCACAACAAACUGAAAAGUUUGGACGGCUGUCUAUCGAAGUCGAGAAAACUGGAGAGGGUCUAUCUGGACAAUAAUUUGAUCGAUACGUUAACCGAAGAUGACUUCAAGGAGGCUGAAUCCUUGGUCAGUCUGCUGCUAGGUUUCAACAGGAUAACAUCCCUGAACAACUCGCUUCUUGGUCUACGAAGCCUGCAGUUCCUCAACGUGACAACAAACUUGAUAGAAGAAUUUUCGUUCGAGGAAAUCAAGGGGCUGGAGAUAAAAGGCAUAGAUCUGUCAUUCAACAAAAUAUCGUCGAUUAAGGGACCUCCUACGAAUCUGAUUGAAUGGAACAUAAAACUUUCCGAACUAAAACUGGACCACAAUGAAAUAGAAUCUCUCAAUGGCAGUCUCUCUGGAUUGAGGGAAUUGAACAAACUUCAUCUGAGCUUCAACAAAUUGAGAAAAAUCUCUCCAGACGACUUUAUGGGUUUGGACAAGCUGAGUUUUCUUGACCUGUCGUCCAAUUAUCUGAAGACUUUGGAGGAACUGAGUGGGACCUAUCUGCCCAAAUUGGACACAUUGAAAGCAAGUCACAAUCAACUAACAAUUUUAGAGAAAGACUUUCAGGGAUUACCUAUAUUGUGUCAUGCUGAUCUUGCUAACAAUAACAUCAUAGCUUUGGGUCGUGAGCUGGUUAGUAAAACAAGAUGUACUCUUGGAAAUGCUGCUAAUGAAGGUGCCUGGGACACGUUAAAGAUUGAUUUACAAGACAACCCAAUACUUUGUGAUGCAGCAUUACCAGAAAUUUCUGCUUAUAUGGAAAUCAAUCAUACAAGAAUCUACGGUAUAUCACACUGCCCCCCACUGAGUGAACAACCUGUAACCAGCAAACCGAAUGGCUUCCUAGGAUAUAUCCCAGAAACCACUGCAACGUUAUCAGCAACCUCACCAAAAACCACUCAGCUAAUGAAACCACUUCCAUUGCAAAAAUCGUCAGAAACAUUGACUGAUUCAUUGGCAGCCCUAUCCAACUCCACUCUAUCAAACGACUCUAUAAAAUUGUCCAAACUGGCUUCAGAAAUACAACAAAUAAAGAAGAGAGUUGAGGAGCUUGCCACUCAGAUCGAAACCAAACCUGAAAAACAUGAGGACUUGGGAGAGCACAGAAAACCAUGAGAUGUUUCCAACCAAAUUUCAUUGAAUGUUUUGAAUAAUAAUUUAUUGCUAGUCAUCGUUAAGCUAUCACUUUGUCCUUUCAAAGUAUUUAUCCUUGAUUCUGAACGAGGAUUUAUCUACAGAUUGAUAAGAUAUUCUCUAAUGUAACUGAGUAUUUCCAAAAGCAUGUUAUCAACACUUAAUCGAUAGUAGAGAGCGCCUUAUAAUUAUUACUAAAUUCAAUCAAAUCAAGACAAAGAAGUAUUAGAAGCAAAUGAAAUCAGACACCUUCACAUAUUCCCGUAUCAUUCCUCAUCAAUUAACUAAAAUAAACUCCAAAUAUUUGAAAGGUUUUAUUCCAAAAAAUCUCCUAAAUGAAGGAAUUGAAUAGACAAAUUAAUUGGGCUCCAACCUAUCAAUCUGCAAAAUAAAAUUUGAAAACCUUUCAGUGCAAAAAUAUUUUUUAUAUGACCUUUGAUUGACUUGUACAUUGCAAUUUAUAUUGAUCAGCCACCCAGUUGAAUGUGAUUAAGAAAUUUUUGUGAAUUUUUGUUCUACCCUACAAUUAUAGCUUAAAAUGGUAAGUUAACUAGAGUUUAGAAAUAUAUAUUCACCAACAAAAGUAGUUGAAACUGAUAUUUUUAUUUGAUGUAAAGUAUUUAAAUUGUAUCAAAUAUUAUGUAACAAGUCAAAGUAUAUUGUAUAGAUAGUUUUAAAAUAUUUAAUAUAUAUUUAUCACAACUUCUUUGUAUGUUAUCUAUAUAGUCAAAUCAUGAAUCUAAA